CCCAACACUUCUGAUAGUCCUGGUUGGUUGACAUAAUAGAGGACACACUUAGGACGAUGAAAUUUUGUAUGUUACGAUAUUAUACUAUUAGCACCGGGUUAAUGCAUAGAAGUGUCUUUUAUUUGAAGUAAGAGGAGAAGAGUGUGAGUGUAUAUAGCUAUUUAACACAGGCAAGAGGUGGGUAUCACUAUUACAACAUUGGAAAAUCCUCCACAUAUUGUUAGUUUAGGCAGGAGCUCCCACUCAGAGAUGCGAAUUGUUUGUCUACUGUUAUUAACCUCACCUGCAGCCAGGAGAGCUCCCACGAGACAACCAAUUGAGAAUGUUGAGACCACCAAGCCCUACAGCGGAAAGAAUUAUGGCUACAACUUACCUAACAGAGCAUGGCCGUGGGAUGCUCCAUGAGUUUAGCGUACAGUGUGUGGAGGUGUGUUUACCAGUAACGUGCUCUCUCUGACACUCUCUUCCCUUGAACCGUUACCAGAGUGUUUAGACUCGUUCAGAAACGUUUCUCGAAAUCCGGCAGUAUCUUUGACACCGUUUAUUACACUGUGCAGGAAGUAGAUAGCUAGCUGAUAAAUCAGCAGUUGUACGUAUGUACGGAUGUGAGCUAACCCGAUGUCGUAUCCGAACAUAAAGCCGCCGAAGGCAGCGAAGACUGUAAGCAGCCAGACGUACAGCUCCAUCGGUCGGCUUGUUUUGGUGGAGAAAAUAGGCGGGGCUAGUUGCCUCCGCCCCCGCACGAGACACAUACACAUAACUGCAUGAUUUCUGUCAUCGCGCUGCAACUUUGUGCAGUUUUUCUGGUGAAUUUGUUAAAAGAUGAGUCGUAGGUUAGCAGUAGCUUGUCUAGUAGUGCUAAUGAUCAGUGCACUGAGUAGCGAAGGAUUUGUACUCAAGCAACGGAGAGAAACAUCUUCAGAGAAUCAAGAUGUUGGAUGUGAUCAAGACGGAAACGUGAAGCUGGAGGGAGGAAGAAACACGUAUGAAGGGAAAGUCAGAGUCUGCGUGAACGGAGAGUGGAAGCAUAUCUGUAUCGGUUCUCUUGGCAGUGAUUGGAACAUGAAACAUGGUCAAGUGGUAUGCAGAUAUCUCAACUACUCUACAACAGUACCAGAAGACCAAAAGGAAUGUACUAAUGAAGGAAAUGUCCAACUGGUGACUGGCAGUGAAGUGUCAACAGCUCAGGGAAGGGGCAGAGUGGAGAUCUGCUCGAGCAUUGGACUCUGGGGCACUAUUUGUAAUGACGAAUGGAGCAGUGAAGAUGCCAGGGUUGUGUGCAGAGCAUUAGGUUUCAAUGCAACUGGCCACAUAGCAGUGACUGAAGUGGAUUCGUUUGGUCCCGGAGAAGAGUUGGCUUCUAUUCUCAUGAGUGAAGUACACUGCAGUGGAAAUGAGACCAGCAUCACUAGGUGUCCUCACAGAACCAACGGGGAAAACAUUGUUUGUGAUCACAUUGAGGACGCUGGGGUUGUGUGCGUCAUGGAGUCCAAUGAAAGGGGUUAGUUGUGUGUACGAAUGAUCCAGGUGUAUUCAACCUUGAAUAAUUAAA